AUGGCAGGGGUCGGGGCCUUCUCUUUUGGAGGAUCCGCAGCUGGACCUCCAGGCUCCGUGGAUGAUAGCGGCGCUUUUCUCUCCUCGGGAUUUGUCCAAACUCGCCUGGGAAUCGACCGCCCGGCAGUCGACGGAGUCUCCUCCGUCGUCCCCCUCUUGACUUCCGGCCUCUUUGAACACCGCCUCUGGCAACGCCUGCGUUCUUCCCGUCCCCAUCCCCUCUGGGGCCGAGAGAUCCUUCCGCCGCACAGUCUGCCCCCGUGGUCAGGAACUGGGGUGUGUCCACAUUUGUCUUGCUCCUUCGUCAACCGGACGCGAACUGCAUGCACGCGGCUGAAGUGGUUUCCCAGCGGGCAGCGGCUAUUGGCGGGGACGCAGCCUGGCGAGUUGGCCGUCUGGUCCGGGGCUUUCUUCGGCUUCGAGGAUUUGAAACGCCUCCCUCAGGGCGGCGGCGCAAUCACCGCGCUCGAGUGGAGCGGCACCGGUGACCGCCUAUUUGUCGGCGAUGCCUCGGGCCUCGUCGUCAUGCUUUCCCAGGCUCUCAAUCCGAUCGAGAACGAGCCGUUGAAGGGCCUGAACCACCCAGUCCUGUCGCUCUCGGCCUCGCCUCUCACGGCGCAGCUCCUCGCAGGCUGCGCUGACACGACAGACCCGCUUGUCUGGGACGUGAACCGCCUCGCGGUCUCGCGCGUCCUCCGCGCCCCGAACCUCGACAGCAGUUCCUCCUCCUGUCUCCAGUGGCAUCCACUCAGUUCGCUCAUCGCCACCGGCUCAAAGUCGAGCUGGGUGUAUCUCUGGGACUCUCGAGAGGCGGCGCCCGUGGCGAUGCUUCAGCCCCACCGCGGGACCGUCAACAAAGUCGUCUUCCACCCCCACGGGUCCUUGCUGCUCACGUGUAGCCGGGACACGUUGGUGCGUUCGAUCGAUUUGCGGAUGUUUCGUCCUCUCCAUCUCUUUCGCUUGCCGCGGUCGACCUCCUCGACGUCGGCUUCGCCGCUGCCUGCAGCCGAGCCGCUCCAACUCGCGUUGAAUCCCGUGCAUCCGAACAUCUUCGUGACUGGCGACAACCAAGGCCGACUGACUUUCUUCUCGCUGCUGCAGCCGGCGGCGCCGCUCCUGCAGCUCCAAGAAGCCCACGGGGGGGUUGGCCCUUCUGGCCCCGCCGAGCGGGCGGCUGAAGGCGCAGUUGUCUCCUUGGACUGGCAUCCGAUGGGCAAUCUCCUCGUCUCUGCGGCCGACAGCCGCCUGAUGCGAUUCUGGUCCCGCGGCGUAUGCGGCGGCGUCGGCGGGGCUGCGAUGCAGACGGUGAAACUCGUCGAACUGCAGAGUGGAGGCCUCACCGGGGACUUUCCCGUCUCAGCGCGCCGCGUGCGCGACCGCGAAGUUGUCGUCGACCGGAAACGGGCGCGACUCCUCGCAGGCGGGAUUCUCCCUCUCGGCGGGCACGCGCCGGGGGACGAGGCGACCGCGCGGCGAGGCGAAGAGUCCGAGCCCAGUCACAGACCCCGCGACACCAGGGAGGCUCCGGCUGAGGCUCUUGACGCUCUGAACGGAGAGAGCGAACCGAGCAGCGACGAAGAAGACUGGGGCGGAUGGCUCGAGGGCGGACGGGGAAAGGCAGGGUUGCCGCGAAUCCGCACCCAGUGGCUAGCGGGGCGCCGACAACGCGUGGGCGGCUGA